UGGUCUAAUAAAAGCAACAUCCCGACGACCCGGAGUGGAAGACGAGUACGACUCCUGUACGGCUUGAGCCAGAGAGCGUGAUCGGCGACAAUGGAGAAAGGAUCUGCAGCAAGCAAGUCGCCGGCGACGACGAAGAAGACUCCGAACGCAACCUCUCCUUCGGUUUCACCAACAAGUGUGAUUGUUGCCUUUACUGUGCAAUGUGACAAGUGUUACAAAUGGAGGAAACUAGCAACCGAAGAACAGUUCGAAGAGUUCAGAUGCAACCUAACUGACGACCCGUUUGUUUGUAACAAACUCCCAGGGACCACAUGUGAAAAGCCUGCUGACAUCAGCGUUGACUCGUCUCGAGUUUGGGUCCUGGACAAACCAAACAUCCCCAAAACACCAAAGGGUUUCAAGAGAAUUGCUAGUCUUAGAAGUGACUACUCUAGAAUGGAUGUGAAGUAUAUGACACCUCAAGGGGACAAGAUACGGACCACCCCGGGAAUUGUGGAUUACCUUCAAAACCACCCGGAAUGCAGUCAUAUUUCACCAUCUGACUUUUGCUACAUCGCCCCAAAAAUAAUGCGCGAAACGCUUCCUAAACAUGUGGUAAAAAAUCCAGUUAGUAGCACCAAGAAGAAAAUAAAGGUGAAGAGUUUGGUUGAUAUCCAUAAAACAGGGAAUCCUUCAUACCCACCUAAGAAAAUUACCUAAAUGCCCUUCCUUUUGGGGUAAUAUUAGAUUAUUAGACCUAAUCUUGAUGACAUGAAUAUAGAUGUGCAGAGGGUAUGAAACUAUGAAUAUGAGUGUAGCUAAUAUAGGAGUUAAUGAUGUUAGUAUAUUGGUGAGGGUAUGAAUAUAUGAUAAAGAGUGUAGCUAAUAUAGGAGUUAAUUGAUGUUGGAAUAUUGUUGAACCCGUGAUACAUGAAUAUGAGUAUCAGCUAAUUUCGGAUUUUCGC